UUCUUUGACAGUGGUUCGCUGUCCAAUUCGUCUCCUAUUGAGAAUCCCAAUUCACUUAUCAGAAGUAGAAAAUUUCUCAAAAAGAGAGAUGAAUGCAAACUCAAUUUCUGCUUCUCUGAUCUGCCACCCUCGAAUGGUCACAGUCCAGCACACUCUCGCAGCUGCUUUCUAGUCGCCUUCUAUGGAAUCGUCCUCCAAUUCACUAUCAAACUCUGCCGCUUCGUCUGUUGCUCAAGCUCCCACUAUGCGACCCAAAGAAGAACAGGAGGUGACGAGUGCCAAUGCGAAAGAAGAGGUCAAGGAGAAGAAAGUGCCUGAAGAGAAAACGUUGAAAAGGAGCCCCAUUGAAUGCUGCCGCGGUGAAUAUUAUAGGGAGUUUCUAAAGUAUGUAGCUGCCUUGGCAUUUUCAUUCAGGCUCUUAGAAGAGGCACAAAAUGAGAAGUUCAAGAGAUAUGAAGCUGAAUGCACCCAAUAUUUAAUGUCCAAGUACUUUUCAGACAAGACUAUCUUUGGAGGAAAUAUUUUUGAUGUCAAAAUGACUAUAGAUGGAGAGCCAAUCAAAGUAAGCAGGUUUCCGGGGUACCUUUCUUAUGCUGAUCCGGCUAAUUUUCAAGACGAGAGCAGCUGCUCAUCAAAUUCCACUGCCGGAACUCCAACAUGCAGUGCUAAUGGGAACCACCAUACUUCUUUGAAGAAUGAAAACUCUAAUAUCUGAUCUCCUUUACCUUUUGCUGCAAAUGCUCUCUGGUGACUGGUAUAGUCUUUGAUCACCCUAUUAAGGGGAAGGCACUUUCAUACUCCAGCUUGUACUCAAAUCGCUUAAAAAAGGUUGAAGCUGCCAACUAGCCAUUUUAACCUUUAAGAAUUAAUCUGUGUACGAACAGGGAGAAUCAUCUGCAUAUCACAUGAUGUAUUUGAACUUAGAAACUGGCGUGUCUGAGAAGACAAUACCUUUUAGCAUGUCAAUAGUGGAAUUGUACUUUCUCUAUUUUAAGAUUGUGUAUACCUAAGUUCUGGUUCCAAGUAGAUAAGUGAACUCCAAAACAAGGUAAACCAGCACCUUAAAUAUUUAUUUUAUCGUGUUCGAACCUCUUUUGAAUCACAAAUUAUAAUGUGGGAUCUGCACACCUUCCAUCGGCCACAAAC